UGCCCGGUGGGGGAUGAGGCGAGCGUGACUGCGGGCGCUGCCUGGGGAGAUGGCGGCGGAGCGGGUGCUGCCCGCCUCCCCUAACUGGUACUGCAGCCGCUGCUGCGACACCUGCGGGGCCGGCCGCCUCUUCGGCUUCGGGGCCAGGAACAGCGUCUGCCUGCUGGAGAUCGGCGCCGCGCCCGCCUUCCACGGGGAACUUGUAGGCCAUACAGAAAGGGUUUCUGGUUUCACGUUUUGUCACUAUCCUGGUCAGAGCAACCUCUGUGCCAGCAGCUCUGAUGAUGGAACUGUGAAAAUCUGGGAUACGCAGACGCUGACUGUUGUGACUGAGCAUAUGCUGCAUCAGAAUACGAUCUCAGCCUUGCAUUGGUCAUCUCGUGUGAAAGAUUUGGUUGUGUCCGGUGAUGAGAAAGGGACAGUCAUUUGUUACUGGUAUAACAGAAAUGACAGCCAGCAGUUCUUCCCAGAGCCCAGAACUAUAUUCUGUCUAGCUUGUUCCCCGCAUCAUGAGAACUUGGUGGCCAUUGGCUAUAAAGAUGGCAUGGUGGUUAUAAUCGACAUCAGCAGGAAAAGAGAAGUUGUUCAUAGACUGAGAGGCCAUGAUGAUGAAAUUCACUCUCUGGCGUGGUGCCCUGUGGCUGGCGAAGAAGUGUUAUACAGUCGGCAAGAAGAGCUUCAAGAAGGCGAGGUUCCAAAUGGAGAGCUAAUGCAGGAGGCAGCUGUAACGAAAGGCUGUUACCUGGCAUCAGGAAGCAAAGAUCAGACCAUUCGAAUCUGGAGCUGCGCUAGAGGCAGAGGGGUGAUGACCCUGAAGUUGCCCACUCUGAAGAGAAGAAGUGGAGGUGUUGACCCCGCUAUUAAAGAGCGCAUUUGGCUGACUGUUCACUGGCCCUGUGGCCAUCCCACAGAAAUUGUAUCCAGCUGCUUUGGAGGUGAGCUGCUGCUAUGGGAUUUGACCCAAUCUGGGAAACGCAAGUGGACGCUUCUGGGAUCUUCUUCAGAAGGGCAAAAUCACACAAGGAUUGUGUUCAAUUUAUGUUCAGUGCAGGCACACGGGAGAGAGCUACUUCUUUCCAUUUCAAUGGACAGGGAUGUAAAGUGUUGGGACCUGACAACUUUAGAUUGCUGCUGGACUCUGCCUUCUCUCGGGGGCUUUGUCUACAGCCUGGCCUUCUCCCCCGUGGACACAGGCUGCCUUGCCAUAGGUGUUGGGGACAGCAUGAUCCGGGUGUGGAACACCUUGUCUCUGAGCAAUACUUACGAUGUGAAAACAUUCUGGCAGGGCAUCAAAUCCAAGGUCACAGCUCUAUCCUGGCAUCCGACUAAGGAAGGCUGCUUAGCCUUUGGAACAGACGAUGGCAAGGUUGGCAUGUACGACACCUACUCCAGCAACAUCAAAAAUAGGCCUCCUCAGAUCUCCAGCACCUAUCACAAGAAGACUGUGUACACAUUAGCCUGGGGACCUCCAAUUCCCCCUCUCUCUUUUGGAGGCGAUGGUGACAGGCCCUCUGUAACACUAUACAGCUGUGCAGGGGAAGGUAUUGUCUUACAGCACAAUCCUUUGAAGCUUAGUGGAGAGGCAAAUGACAUCAAUAAAGUCAUCAGAGACACUAAUUCAGUCAAAUACAAAUUGCCUGCACGCACUGAAAUCAGCUGGAAACCAGAUGGAAAAAUCUUGGCUCUUGGUAACGAAGAUGGAUCAAUUGAAAUAUUUCAGGCUCCUAACUUGAGAUUGCUCUGCACCAUCCAGCAACAUCAUAAACUGAUUAAUGCUAUUCGCUGGCAUCAUGAGCAUGGGACCCAGCCAGAGCUGAGCUACGUGGUAGCAUCAGGCUCAAUUAAUGCCAUCAUUUAUGUGCAUAACCUAAAGAGUGUCAUAGAGAGCUCUUCAAAAACCCCUGUGACGAUAACAGAGCCUUUUCGAACUUUGGUGGGGCACACGGCUAAAAUCACCAGUCUGUCAUGGAGCCCGCAUCACGAGGGGAGAUUAGUAUCUGCUUGCUAUGAUGGCACAGCACAGAUAUGGGAUGUUCUGAAGGAGGAGCCACUGUGCAAUUAUCGAGGGCACCGGGGCCGGCUGCUUUGUGUUCAGUGGUCACCAGUGGAUCCAGAUUCUGUUUAUACAGGAGCAGAUGACUUUUGUGUUCAUAAAUGGCUAACCUCAAAGCAGGAGUAUACCCGGCCCCCUCAAGGCAAAAAGAGCACAGACUUGGAGAAAAAAAGGAGCUCUCAGCCCAAACCCAAAGCUAAGAAGAAGAAAAAGCCCAUGGGGAAGGUUCCAGCAAAGCAGGAUGUGAGCGACACAGUGAAUGGCGAAGAGAUUGUAGACAAUUUGUUAGAUGAGAAUGGGAUAUCGGACCCUGAGGAAGAAAAGGAAGUGCAGGAGUUCUCUGACAAGGUCUCUCUGGCAGUUUCGAAGGAGCUCCUUUUGUGUCCACGUGUUUGUUCUGUGUCUGACCUGCCAAAACCUUUCAUGAACCAUAAAACCACUCCCGUGAAAAAGGAUCACCCUAAAGAGAAACCAGUCCCUGAUGCCUCUGUGAAGAAGAGAAAACCUCGGUCUAUCCUACCCAUCAGCACAUCUAUGGACCAGAGGUCGAAAGACGAAUUGCAUCAGGACUGCUUGAUGCUGGCUACAUGUCUAAGAUCCAAAGGCCUGAAUGAGGGUUUGGCCCCAGACUCAGGGGAUCACGUUCAUUUGGGGAUGUUUACAGAUAGAGCUGCACUGUACAGGAUGAUGGAGGUGGAAGGAAAAAACCACUUGGAGAAUGGGCACUCGGAGUUGUUUCAGCAGCUCAUGUUGUGGAAAGGAGAUCUGAAGGGCAUCCUCCAGUCAGCUGCUGAGCGGGGAGAGUUGACAGACCAGCUGGUAGCAAUGUCACCCAUGGCUGGCUAUCAGGCCUGGGUGUGGACAGUAGAAGUUUUCGCGAAACAGCUGUGCUUUCAGGAGCAGUAUGUCAAGGCUGCCUCCCAUCUCCUCUCCAUUCACAAAGUGUACGAGGCUGUGGAGCUACUGAAAACGAACCAUUUUUACAGGGAAGCGAUUGUAAUUGCCAAGGCCAGAUUGCGUCCAGAAGAUCCAGUCCUGAAGGAUCUCUACACCUGCUGGGCAGCAGUAUUGGAAAAAGAUGGUCAUUAUUCCACAGCAGCCAAAUGUUACCUGGGGGCUGCCUCUCCCUAUGAUGCAGUUAAAGUGCUGGCAAAAAAAGGGGAUGUGACAUCCCUUAAAACGGCUGCAGAGCUGGCUCAAAUAGUUGGAGAGAAGGAUCUGGCGACAAUGUUUUCUUUUCGGUGUGCUCAGGAGCUGCUAUCGGCCAGGAAUUGGGUGGGGGCACAGGAGGUCCUUCAGCAGCAGGAAAGCUUAUUGGGACAAAGACUAGUGUUCUGCCUUAACGAAUUGCUGUGCAAGUGCCUUAGCGAAAGGAACCCAGCUGAGCGGAAAAGCUGCUCCCUGCCCUGUUACCACAGCUGGGUGGUGAGGAACCAGGGCUCUUUCCUGGAGAUGGUGAGCGAGGUGUGGUGGAGCGUGUUUGGUGUGAAUACCACUCAACAAGCCAGGACUGUCUUUGAGCAGCUGCACAGUAUUGAGUAUCCUCCUGCCACCAGCAACACACAUCCCAAACAGCUCCUGUUCCAUAUCUCCCACGAUCUGACCCUAGCAGUGCUGAGCUAUGAGACAGCUGCAUGGAAUGAGGCAGUGAAGGCUAUUCUUGGAGCUGUGACCCGCAGCUAUGAUGCCGGGAACUUCAUUCUUAUGCAAGAAAUCUGCAAUCUCCUCCUUCCCAAAGGCUGUGAUCACCUGAGAGACAAUCUGGACAGCACAAACACUCAGAGCAUGGCGGCUUACAGAAGUUUAGAGGGCUUUGUGGCUUAUGGGCAGCUGUAUGAUCUAUGGUGGAACCUACCCAAGGAUUCCCUUGUCUCAGUACAGGCUGUGCUGGAUUCUGUGCCAUGUCCUAGUGAGCAGACAGCUGUUGACCAGAGCUACCUUACAGCUGUCUCUUCCCCUGAAGAAACUACUAAUCAAACUGAGAUGGAAGAAAACCUACCCAGCACAGACCAUAACAGCAGGACAGAAAGAAACAGAACAGCUAGCUUAAGUGAUUUGGGGGAGAGGCAGUUGAAACUGAAUAGCUAUAAAAUGCUCCUUUCCGAAGUGCAUGCUGCUUUGCAGAGCACCCAAAAGGAUAUAUCUGAGGUCCAGCAGACAUUGGCAGACAUGAUCCGCCAGCACCAGCGGAAUAACCUCCAGGAAAGCAUAAAAGACGGCGUGCAGGAAAGCAAGAUGCAUGUGAGCUCCGAGAUCGAAUCGGAUGGGCUGGUGCCCCCAAGCAGCCAGUGUAAAGAAGCAGCAAAGGAACCAGUUUCCCUGCCUGAGCUGAUGAAACAGCUCACAGAGGCAAACCAGAAAUUAGCAGAAUUUCCAGAGAGUUUAAAGGUCUUCCCUUUCCCAGAUGUGCUGGAGUGUGGCCUUGUGCUACUUCACAUUGGAUCCCAGUGCCCCACAGAGCUGAGUCCAGAACUGCAGCAACAGGCCUUGGACCUGGUUAGGAAAUACAGCAGAGCUAAAGUUUAUGAAAAAAUCUGCAGGAAGUUCUUAACGUGAAGUUAUAUUCAAGCCUGGGCAGCCUGAGUUACCAGCAGCUGCUCCAAGCCAGGGCUGUACUGUUCUUUUUGAAGUGAAGAACUGUCUCUGGUCACCAUACUUUGGAGAAUGCUUUGUUCUAGAAAAUGGAGUACCAAAAAUCAAGUAUACAGACUGACUCCCACUGUCAGUUACUAAUGACCCCUUACAGCUGCAUACUUGAUACUAUGCUUGUAAAAGUGGAAAGCUAGGGCCCUUUGCCUUUAAUAUAUACAUCUUGUCUAAAUUAACUUUUUUCCUAAAAAUGUGUGUGGGGGGAAAUUAUGCCAGAGGAGCCCUUGAAUUUACAUACACAUUUGUAACCAAAUUAGAGAGCUACAGCCACACUUUGGCAGUAAAAAAGGUAGUAGUUGCUAUCUAACUAAAGACCAGCAACUUGAUUUAAUAUUAAGCAACCUACUAAACCCAGUUUGUCUUGGGCACAUGAGGAUUUUGGUUUGGUUUGGUUUGGUUUAUUUUGGUGGGGAGUGGGUUGGGGGUGUUUUGCUCUCUCUCUAAAUAAAAGUCUUACAUUUUGA